CAUGUGCUAAACUAUACCUGUCAUAAAAAACAGGAUUACAGGAGAUGGCAUUCAAUUUUCAACAAAACCUAGGCUGUGGUAUAAUACAGUUGGGUUCUUUUUUAAAUUAGUGUUGUGUUGGCUACUAGAAUGCCCCGCAUGAUUUCAUAUCAUAAAUAAUCAAGAUCCUUCCUUGUUUUAAGAAAAAAUAGAUAAUGACUUGAAACCAAAGGCUAGGUCUCUCUGUGUGCUGAGUCCCACAUCUCUGUAAUCAGGAGACACUUGCGGUUGUGAGGCCACUUCAAACGAUGCUUUUGAAUUCAGAUGAGUAAAAAGCAACACAUGCACAUACACACAAUUUGCAUUUUAAAGUAUUCUUUUGUCAACGCUUGCGUGUCAUGUGAUCAUGUCGGAGAUGUGUUCAGUCCUCACUAUAUUAGUCUUCACAAUUGGUCCGGCCUGAAUCCACAUACAUGAAGAUUUCUUCAUGAGCUGAACAUCACGUCAGGAAAUUUAAAAGUAUGCCACAUCCAGUGCACGAUUCUCAAAGGUUGUCUGUGAAAACAUGGGAAGAAGAGGAGAGCGACCAUGCCGAUAGCCCACUUAGCAGAGGGCAGUCGAUGUGCGAUGACACUUCCUCAGAACUACAAAGAAUGGCGGCCAUUGACAGGAGAGAGGCCAAUUCACAGAAUUCCCAUCAUGGCCGAGGUGCUCUCUCCAGGAUAGUGAAUAUGGUGAUGACUCUGAGAGAAUGGGCACAGAAGAGCGUAGCUGAGGAGACACAGCGGCCUGAUUCUUUUUUGGAGCGUUUCCGAGGCCCCGCCCACUUGGACAUACAUGCCCCAUCCAGCCGAUUUAGUCACAGCCACAAUGGCUCGGAUACAGAUGGUGACAUGAGAUGCUCAAAAAGAAAGAGGAAAUGUAACAAUGUUAUCCUUUCGCCAUCGGAUGAUGCGUAUUACCACUGGCUGAUGGUUAUUGGUCCUGCUGUUUUUUAUAACUGGACCCUGUUAGUUGUCAGGGCCUGUUUUGACGAGCUCCAGACGAGAAAUAUUUUGGUGUGGCUGGUCAUGGACUACAUCUGCGACGGUGUCUACAUCCUGGACAUCGCCGUUCGUCUCCACACGGGUUUCCUGGAGCAGGGCCUGAUGGUGAAAGAUGGCCACCGUUUGAGGGAAACCUAUAUUCGAACUUUACAAUGCAAGCUGGACAUCUGCUCCAUCCUUCCAACCGAUCUGUUAUAUUUGACUUUUGGAGUCAGUCACACGCCCCUUCUCCGAUUCAAUCGUCUGCUGCGCCUGCCGCGGCUCUUUGAGUUCUUUGAACGUACGGAAACAAGAACGGGCUACCCAAAUUCCUUCCGCAUCUGUAAACUUGUUGUCUACAUCCUGGUGAUCAUCCACUGGAAUGCCUGCGGCUACUACAGUUUCUCCAAAGUCCUGGGACUGGGUUCCGACUCCUGGGUUUAUCCCAAUGCCUCGGAUCCAGAGUAUGCCUCCCUGGCCCGAAGUUACAUAUACUGCCUGUACUGGUCCACUUUGACGCUGACUACCAUUGGAGAGACUCCGCCUCCUGUGAGAGACGAGGAGUAUCUCUUCCUAAUAUUUGACUUUCUGGUCGGCGUUCUGAUUUUUGCGUCCAUUGUGGGAAAUGUUGGAGCCAUGAUCUCAAAUAUGAAUGCUACAAGAGCAGGCUUUCAGGCUCGUGUGGAUUCUCUGAAGCAUUAUAUGCACUUCAGGCAUGUCAACAAGGUGUUAGAACAGCGCGUCAUUAGGUGGUUUGACUACCUCUGGACCAAUAAGAAGACCAUCGAUGAACAGGAAGUUCUGAGGAGCUUGCCCAGUAAAUUAAGAGCAGAGAUUGCAAUCAAUGUUCACCUGGACACACUGAAGAAGGUACGUAUUUUCCAGGACUGCGAGGCAGGCCUUUUGGUGGAGCUGGUGCUCAAACUUCAACCACAGGUUUUCAGUCCAGGAGACUAUAUCUGCAGAAAGGGAGAUGUUGGCAAGGAGAUGUAUAUAAUUAAAGAUGGCCGCCUUGCCGUGGUGGGGGAGGAUGGAGCCACGCAGUUAGCUGUCCUCACAGCCGGUAGCUGCUUCGGAGAGAUCAGCGUCCUGAACAUCAGUGGCAGCAAGAUGGGAAACCGCCGCACGGCUAAUAUCCGCAGUCUGGGAUACUCGGACCUUUUCUGCCUUUCCAAACAAGACCUGAUGGACGCGCUGCAGGAGUUCCCUGACGCUAGGGCUCAACUGGAGCAGAGGGGUCGGGAUAUCCUGCGGAAGGAGGGGCUCCUGGAAGAAGUUAAUGUGUCUGCUGGGGAGGAGCUGGAGGAGAAAGUGGAGAGGUUGGAAACCAGUGUGGAUCGACUGCAGACAAGUUUGGCGCGUCUGCAGAGUGAGUUCAACUCCGCUCAGCUUCGAAUGAAGCAGCGAAUGACAGCCCUCGAGCACAACAUCACCAUGGUAACCACAGGUAGCGGUUUUCUGUCAGACACAGACGGCAACGACAGCGCAUCUGGUGGCGGCGGGAUGCGAAGCCAAAUAAAUAUUCGGCUUUAAGUCCUCCUACGACGCACUGACUAUCAUAUUUUAUAUAUAUAUAUAUAUUUUUUUUUUCUUUUUUCUUGUAACCCUGAUGGUAUCGACAUCACAGUACAAUAAAUUUCAAUUUUAAUCCUGACAGAAUAGUUUAAUAUUAAUUAAAUAAAUAUUUCCGCAAUUAUUUUAAAUAUGUACAUACAUGAACUCGCAGUGUCGUUGGUGCAAAUGUUAAAGUAAAGAUCAUAAAACCACAUGAAAUUUCUUUUUCGUGAUAUGGAAAGUGCAUGCUCUGCAGCUGUGUCAGCCAAUGACUAUUAACGACCAAAGUUCAACAUAACUUUUCUGCAAGACUCCAGGAAGUGACUGUGGGAGUGUCCUAUGAAAAGAGUGAGAACACUGUACUUGUGGGAAAAGGUAAUUGUCUAUUGCCGAUUCUUACUUGUGUUUUUUUCUUCUUUAAACGGGCAAUUGUGACUCUUUUCAUCAAUUUAUCUCUAUCUUCUAAGAGCUACAGUUUUAAAAAAAAUACAAACCUAAACCUUUUUGUAGUGCAAUGACCGAUAGAGUAAAACAGAAAAUCAAAUUGUCUUUUAUUGACCCUUUAUCGCACGCUGAUUAUUUAUUUUUCACGUGCGUGUGUGCACCGUACACUUUCCGUCUCUUUUUAUGCUAACACUGUGUGUGCUUAUCUAGACACGAUUAUAUACAAUGCUUAAUGAGUUCUUAUCAGACACAAUUAAUUUAUGCCUGAGGAACCCUAAUCAACAGCACAACUUUCCCAAGCCUAAUUGUUGAAAUGUUUCUGUAAGUGUCAAAUGUUGUGGCUGAGUGUGCUUCUCCACAGAUGGCGCUUUGCAUUGCGUCGGUAGCAGCCAGUGUGGUACCAGUGUCUGCAGCAGAACCGAGCCUCAUCGAGGGUCUUCUUUUGGCCACGGAUGAGCGGCCUUGGCUCUGGGCCGUCUUUGUUUUCAUGGUUGGACUUCCCGUUAUUCUUUUCAUCAGCUUGAUGUGGCCUGACAUGAGGUUUGGCCCACCUGAUCAACAAUAUUACUAUAAAAAGUCUGAUGAUGUACAACCGGAUGACCCCAAGAGCUCGGAAAGGAAGCAAUCAAUCCAUUCAUAGCACAGGCAAAACUGACAGAAGAUUGGCAAGAAGAAAAUAAGAUCCGACAGCUCCACGACUAUGCUGCAACAAAAGAAGCAAAAAUAUCAGCAAAUAAAAAUGUGGAACAUAUCUUUCAAAUCUA